AUGAUAUACACCAACCCGAGACAGAUGACCAUUCCGAAUCUGGAUAUCCUUACUCUUCUAUUCGAAUAUGAAGGAUCCGAAGCAAAAGAAGACGCGCCGGUAUUUGCCGAGGCCAAAUACCCCUCCCACGCCCUCACCAAGGCGCGCGUCCGCGACUUGACUCGUCAAUUCGCCUACUUCCUCCGCCAUCGAUACGGCAUUGGGAGGGACGGGCCCGGACGCGACGUAGUUGUCACGGUAGCUACAGGACAGUCUGCGCUGGGCUGCGUGCUGUACGCUGUAGUUGCUGCGGACGGCAUCUAUUCCGCUGCGUCGCCUUCCUCCACGGUGUCGGACCUGACGAGACAGAUCAAAGAUGGUCCUGGUAGGGUCGUUGUAUGCAGUGAAGACGUGAAAGGCAUCGCGUUGAGUGCUGCUCGUGAUGCGGGACUGCCCGCCCGGAAUGUGCUGGUGUUGAAGUCUUAUCCAGAGAUACAGCUACGGAGCGCUGAUGGCGAGACGGAAUGCGACUUUCGAGGGUCUCUGGACUGGAGGCGGAUCACUGACCCUGAGGAGCUCGAGAACAGCAAAGCCUGCAUCGUGUAUUCAUCAGGCACUACAGGACUUCCCAAGGGCGUCAUCAUAUCCCACCAGAACAUGGUGUCCGAAUGCUAUCUCCCCAGCACCCUGGGCCGAGAAGCCUGGGAACGAAUGGGCAAGUCCUUUCCCCGAUCCACGCUCGGCCACCUGCCCGCAGCGCACAUUGCCGGCCUACAGAGCUAUUUCGUGAAUUCCGUCUACGAGGGCGCCGUCAUCUAUUGGAUGCCAAGCUUCAAUUUCGAUGACUUUGUUCGCUAUUUUGCAGAGCUCAAGCCGACAUUCUUCUUCUCUGUGCCACCCAUAUUCAUGGCCAUUGCCAAACAUCCUGCGGUCAAGGACCAGUUCAGGAGCGUCGAGUAUGCUACUUCUGGUGCGGCGCCGAUGAGCUACGAGCUGCAGGAAUCAGCGAGUCAGAAGCUCAAGGGGAUCGUUUACCAGGUGUGGGGGUUGAGUGAGACGACGGGCGCUGUGACUUAUACGACGCCUGAUCGGACUGACACGAUGGGGAGCUUGAGUCCGUUGCUGCCUACUGUCAGCCUGAGAUUGGUUGAUGAGAACGACAAUGACGUCGAGGAGGGACAGCCAGGCGAGGCAUUGCUUAAAGGCCCAAUGGUCACCAAGGGAUACCACAACAACCCAGAGGCCAACAAAGCAUCCUUCACCACGGACGGCUGGUUCCGAACUGGCGAUGUCCUCAAAAAGGAGGGAGACGUGUUUUACAUGGUCGACCGGAAAAAGGAAUUGAUCAAAUACAAGGGCCUCCAAGUCGCGCCAGCCGAACUCGAGGGCCUUCUCACAGCUCACCCGUCCGUUGCCGACGCCGCCGUCAUUGGAACAAAGCGAGAGGACACAGAAGUCCCCACUGCCUAUGUCGCCCUCGCACCGGGAGCAAGGGGCAAGAUCUCAGAAGCCGAGCUCGUUGACUACGUUCGGGGCAAAGUUUCGGACUAUAAGCGUCUGAGAGGAGGAGUGAUUUUCAUCGAUGCCAUCCCCCGAAGUCCCACGGGUAAGAUAUUGAGGAAGGAGUUGAGAGCAUUGCACAGCCGCCAGAUGGGAUCAAAGAUUUGA